UGUUCUCACGCAUCAAAAUUCAUACUCUUUCUUUCUCAUAUAUUUUAAUCAGUUAGUAUAUGUGCCAUUCAUUCGUUCCCCAAACCAUGAUCAUCAAAUUAAAGAUGGUGCCUCAAGGAGGAAAGUUUCCUAUGAGCACAAUUUGUGUUCUCUUGUUCAUUGCCAUAUUCUAUGUGCAAAGACUUAGCUUCUUCUCUUCCACCACCACCUUCAAUAUUUUCAAUAAUUCCAAGCCUUGCCCAACAUUAAACAAUACCAAACAUGGAUCUGAUGGUGAUAAACUUACACAAAAGGAAGUAAUAAAUGUGACAUGGAUUAAUGACAUAUUUGAUUUAGAAGAGGAAGAGGAGGAGUGCAACUUUGCAAAUGGAAAAUGGGUGUUUAACAAUUCAAUAAAGCCUUUGUACACAGACAAAAGUUGUCCUUACAUAAGUAGACCUUUUUCAUGUGUCAAGAAUGGAAGGCUAGAUUCUCACUACAUCAAUUGGGAAUGGCAGCCACAACAUUGCACUUUACCACAAUUUGAUCCGAAGCUAGCUCUAAAAAAGCUUGAAGGAAAGAGGUUGCUGUUUGUAGGGGAUUCACUUCAACAAAACCAAUGGGAAUCUUUUAUUUGUAUGGUUGAAUGGAUCAUACCUGAAGACCAAAAAUCUAUGAAACGUAGAAAUGUUCAUUCAGUCUUCCAAGCCAAGGAAUACAAUGCCAGCAUAGAAUUCUAUUGGGCCCCAAUGCUUGUGGAAUCCAACACCGAGUUCUUUGUUGUGAGAGAUCCCCAAAAGAAGAUAGUGAAAGUUGAUUCAAUCAUGGAACGUGCCAAAAACUGGACUGGAGUGGACAUACUUGUCUUCAAUUCCUAUGUUUGGUGGAUGAACCCUCCUAUCAUUAAAACGCUAUGGGGUUCAUUUGGAAAUGGGGAAGAUGGGUAUGAAGAAUUGGAUGCAAAAAUUGCUUACAACUUAGGUUUGAGGACAUGGGCAAAUUGGAUUGACUCAACUAUAAAUCCAAACAAAACCAGGGUCUUCUUCACAACUAUGUCCCCUAUACACACAAGAAGCUCAGAUUGGGGCAAGAAGGAUGAUAUAAAGUGUUUCAAUGAGACAAAGCCAGUAACUAAGAAGAAUCAUUGGGGAAGUGGUUCAGAUAAGGGGAUGAUGAGUGUGGUGGCGAAGGUGGUGAAGAAGAUGAAAGUUGCAGUUACUUUUAUUAACAUAACACAAAUUUCAGAGUAUAGGAUUGAUGCUCAUUCCUCAGUUUACACUGAAACUUGGGGGAGAUUGUUGACUAAGGAGGAAAAAUCUAACCCACAAAAUGCAGACUGUGUACAUUGGUGUUUGCCUGGACUUCCAGAUACUUGGAAUAGAAUAUUUUUAACAAUGUUGUGAAAAAAAUAUCUAUCUAAAAAAUUUAACAAGUUAGAUUGUGAUAAUUAUUUUUUUU